UGUGUGUUCCCAGAAAUGCUACCACAUGUUCAUCGUCGAGACUGUUUGUGUGGGCUGGUUCUCACUGGAGUUUCUGCUACGGUUCGUGCAGGCGCACAGCAAGCUGGAGUUUCUCCGUGGACCCUUGAACAUCAUCGACGUCAUGGCUAUCCUGCCCUACUAUGUGUCUCUGAUAGUGGAUGAGAACCCCACCAGUGAACAUGAGCGACCCUCUGGAGGUAAGGGCUACCUGGACAAGCUCGGGCUAGUACUGCGGAUCCUACGUGCCCUUCGGAUCCUGUACGUCAUGCGGCUGGCCCGCCACUCUCUGGGCUUGCAGACUCUGGGGAUGACGGUGCGGCGGAGUACGCGCGAAUUUGGCCUGUUGAUGCUCUUUCUCUGCGUAGCCGUGACACUCUUUUCACCUCUUGUGCACCUGGCGGAGAGCGAGCUGACCGGAGCACAGGAUUUCAGCAGCAUCCCCGCUUCUUACUGGUGGGCGAUCAUCUCCAUGACUACAGUGGGUUAUGGGGACAUGGUACCCAGGAGCAUACCUGGUCAGGUAGUGGCUCUCAGUAGCAUCCUGAGUGGGAUCCUAAUCAUGGCCUUCCCAGCCACUUCCAUUUUCCACAUGUUUUCCCGCUCCUACCAGGAGCUGAAACAGGAGCACGACAGGCUCUUUAAAGAGGAGUGUGCGGCGGCCGCAGCUGCGACCACAGGACCUGAGGAUGAGGAAGACAGAGGAUGGGUGGCUUAUCCUCCUCCUAGACUAGUUCUUACUCCAGACACAGAGACACCAGGCUCAUUAGAAGACCUUUAUCUUCUUGGGAAUGGUGGAGAGACUUCUGGGAAUAACAAGCACCCGUUACCAGCUGGAGCUUUUUAAGUGAUGCACACGCAUCAUAUGCUUCUCUAGAUCAAACCUGUUCUUCCAUGCCCUUAUGCUGAACCCUCUUGUAGUGGACAGGGUGAAUUUUCAUAGACGCCUCUGUCUAAAAAGAUUAAAGGCCCUUGAAGCUAUUUUGUCUUCCAUCAGCCACAAGCUGAUCAUGUCUCAUUAAAGCACUAAUUCCUUCACACUGUAGACAGAUUUAGCACUCCAUGAAAAUCCAUACUAUAGAAAUAAAAAAUAAAGCUAGUUUAACUUUAAAGCCAUAUUCCACACCGUUAGACAAACAAAUCCAAAGAUGUGUUUAUUGGUUGAUUAUUAAGGUUCAAGAAUUGCUCUUCCAGAAAACUUGAAUAUAUCAUUUCCUGCGCCAGUUUAGGACAGACAUGCUCUUGUACAGGUCCAAAUAAAAACAGUAAUCUCAA